AUGCCCGAGAGGGAGCUGUGGCCAGUGGGGCCGGGCUCGGAACCCGUGACCCGAAACGGCAGCUGUGACAGCAUGAUGAGCACCACCUCCACCCACUCGGGAUCUAGUGACAAUAGCUACGACUUCUUGUCCCCUGAAGAGAAGGAGUGUCUGCUCUUCCUGGAGGAGACCAUUGAAUCCUUGGACACUGAGGUCGACAGCGGGCUGUCUGCUGACGAGUCUGAGUCGGUCUUGACUCCCCAGGCUUCCCGGACGCUGCCUCCACCUCCACCUCCACCUCCACCUCCACCUCCACCUGCACCUGCUCCCCAGGGUAAGAGAAACAGAAGAGAAACUCAGCUCAGCUCAUCCCAAACCUCUGAGCCACAAGGCCUGAGCUUCAGGUCUGUCUCCCACAGCCUCCCCCGAAAUAUCCACAUUGGCAGAAACCAGAAGCCCAAGAAAAGCCCCAGCCAGGCUACCAACCACAUCCACGAACAAUCUGAAGGACUUGUACCAGCGCCUGAGAGCAAAGAGGACCAUCAGAGCAGUAAGCUCCUUCAAGCCCCCACCAGCCCCCAGGAGGCCGAGCUCGAUUUGGACGUGGUGCUCAUCCCACCACCGGAGGGCUUCCGGGACUCCGGGCCAGAGUCGUGUGGGGAAGGCAGCCUGUCCAAGAGACCAGGGCAGCUGGGCAGCACAGCCCAGCUUCAUCCAUCUUCCAGUCCCCAGAAGAGAGAGGAAGCUCCUUCAGAGGUCAUGUCCCAAAACGCCAAGGAGAAUGACCUAGCCACAGGUCCAGGACAAAAUCAAUCUUCUUCUGCCUCAUCAGCUCAGCAUGCUAGAGCUGGGGAUGCCCUGCUCCCAUCUGGGGGCAAUUCAAAUGUCCGCAUGGGACCCCUCACAGCCCCCAAACCCCGGAAGCUGCCACCCAACAUUAUUCUGAAAAGCAGCCGAACCAGUUUCCACAGUGACACCCACAACUGGCUGUCCCGCCACUCUGAGGUGGCCCCUGGAGAUUCUGGCCUGGUGUCCUCUUCACUGCAGGAGCAGAGGAAAGCACGGCGAGAGGCCUUGGAGAAACUGGGGCUGCCGCAAGAUGAAGACGAGCCCAGCCUCCACUUAAAUAAGCCCUCCAGCUCCUUCCGGCUCAAGGAGCCUUCUGCCCGGGCCACUCCCCUGGCUCCUGCUUCCACUCCAGCUCAGCCAGCAGCAACAGCUCAGGCAUCAGCAGCCUUUCCCAUUUCAGGAAAGGUCCCACUUUCAUCUCCAGCUCGGGAACCACCUCCUAUGAAGGCUUCGCCUCCAGUUUCAGCUCCUGCUCAGGGGACCCUUCCAGGGAUGACUCCAGGAGCCAAGUCCAUGCCAAUUCCCAUCCCUAAGGCCACAAGCGCAAACAGCCCCCUGACUCCACCAAAGCAUGAUGCGGGGCUGACCCUACAGGAAAGCAACAUUCCUGGUCUGGAACAUUCAGGGGUGGGCCUCAGCAGCUACCUCUCAGCUGAGAAAGACCCCAGCCCCCAAACCAGCUCAUCUCUGGAAAAGAGCUCCUUCGUAGACAAAAUCUCACCCAGUGACUUGCGGAACUCCGGGCCCCGGCCGGCCUCCUCGGGCACAGGAAAGGAUUUCGCAGGCAUCCAGGUGGGCAAGCUGGCUGAUCUGGAGGAGGAGCGGAACUCAAAACGCCUGUCCUACUCUGGGCAGAGCCGUAACAAGCUUCCUCGGCCCCCUUAUGUCACAGUCCAGAUCACCCCAAGGGGCAUGCCUGAUGAAAACAGAAGGGAGGCUCUGAGGAAGCUGGGACUGUUGAAGGAGUAG